GCCACUGGCCAGGGUUGUGGGGAAGAGGCCUUUGUCCCCAUCAACAUGGGGACAAGGUGCUUUGGGGGGGCUGGCCCCCCUGCCCCAAAGCACCCCCUCAUGUUGAGGGCAUGUGGCUUGGUAUGGUUCAGAAGGGGGGGGCGCUUGCUCAUUCCCCCCCCUUUCCUGACCUGCCGGGCUGUAUGCUCGGAUAAGGGUCUGGUAUGGAUUUGGGGGGAACCCCAUGCCUUUUUUUUUAAAUUUUGGCAUGGAAAUCCAUACCAGACCCAAAGGGCUUGGUGUGGAUGGGAGGGG